AUGACGCAAAACAAUGAUCUUCUUUCUGCCGAGUUAAAUAAGUGGACUAAAGUCAUGCUCGUUGACUAUAUUGUGACGCAAUCUCUGCCUGCUGGUAUGAAAUUGAGUGAAGACAUGUCAGAGUUUUUAAAAGUUUCUACUUCUAACCCUGCAAAGCUUUCGCCUGGAAACUUAGUAAAUGUUGCCAAUAUUCUCCAAUCCGUGGUCGAGGAGCUCAAAUCCGUGGCACUUAUUAACUCUAAGUUACAUAAUAAGCUCAACCGUCUCAAUGCGACAACUAGUGUCUCAUUUCCUAAAUCAAAUGCUCAACCCAUUAAUUUGCCAUUUGUUGUGCACCCUAAAUCGGAUGCGGAUACUCGUUCUACUCAGCCCGCAAACCAAUUGAUUGCCGGUCUAUCUUCGUCCGUAAAGUUAAAAUUCAUUGUUGGUUCUCUAAAAACUCAUCUUCUAAGCUGUCAUCAGUGCCGGUGCGCAAGCAUGUUGAUAUUUUUGUCUCGAGGCUUGAUCCAUGUGUUACAACUGCCCUACUAG